AGAGCCUCCUUCCUGCCUCCAGCAGCACAGGCUAACACCCAGACCGGCCAGGACCCAGGCCCUAGAGACCGCGCAGCUUCCCUAACCAUGAAAACCUGCCUGCGGUCCCUCACGGAGCUCCUGAGGUCCAGGACAAUUCGUUCUACAGGGCCUGUCCCUGUCCCGGAGGAUUCCGGUGGCAGGACAGGGAGCCAGAGACUCUCAAAUGCUGAGGUCUCCCCCGUCCAGACUCCACUGCAAUAAUAUUGACGGCAACCAUGUGUCAGGGGCUGGCUUAAGCCCUUGAUAAAUCUUAACUUCUCGAACCCUUAGAAAACCCUAGGUCUGAGGGAAGGUACUCUUACUGGCCAUUUUAGACAUAAGGAGGCACAGCACAGUUAAGUAACCUGUGCACGAGCCACAGGGCCAGUAAAUUGUAUUGUUCUAGAACCCACAUUCUUACUCGCUAUGUGGUAUGUCUAAGAGUGGAGGGAGCUGAGGCCAGGGAGGGGAAGGGGCCGGCUUGGUCACCUGGCCAGGUGGCAGAGAUGGGGGCGGCUGGACUUCUGUCCCCAGACUCGGGGCCCUUCCUUCCACAGCCCGCCUGACCGCUCCUCUGUCCCCACCCAGCCUCCCCGUGGACCUCCCCAGAGUUAACAGUCGCCUGGCCUCGCGCUUGGCAGGCAGCUCCAGCCCAGAGAGGCUGCGCCCACAUUCCCUGGCUGCUCUCCAGCCCGCGGGAGCUGAGACAAGGUCCAGGGACUGCGAGGCCGGGCAGAGGCUGCGGAGGGGAGGAAGCAGCACGGAGCCGCCGAGUGGAAGGACCGUCCAGCUCCCAGAUGCUAGGCCUCGUGGGCUUGGUCAUAGGCGCCGCUGUGGCCGUGCUGCUGCUGCUGCUGCUGGCCGCCUGCCUGUGCCGCGGACGGCAGGACCCCGACGUGGAGAGGAACCCACCGGCUGCAAGGAGGAACCGAGUCCGGUGGGCCCAGCCUUGGCUCUUCCCGCGCCGGGGCCAGCUGGGACACUUUCACUACUUCCACCAUCCUGGCCACGUGUCUGGCAUGCGCCAUGCGGGCCUCCACCACCAACACCUCCACCACCUCCACCACCACCAAGCCCACCAUCAAGGCCACCUCCACCACCACCAUGCCCACCACCUCGCCCACCUCCACGUCCACCGAGGCCACCGCUGACACCUGGGAAUGGCAGCCACCGCCUGUCCUACCAUCACCAGGAUGUGGACCCCCAUGCUCCCAUGCAGAGGGGCGCCUCUCUGUGGUAAACGCCGGGGACUGUGCCCUGGUCCUGCUUGGCUUCUGCGGACCACGCCCCAGGGUACCACGAGGAGAGAACUGAGGGGAUUCGGGGGGGUGCCCUGUGCACACUGGAGGGUCACGGGGUGAGAGUGGGGGUGGUCCUUCGGGGACGGACACUGCCUUGGGCCUGUAACGCCCAGGGGACCCCGGUGCACGUCGAUGCACAGAAGAUGGGCUGUGCUCUCUGAAGUGCUGUCUCCUGACUGACGCAGGCCCCUGGCCAGGGGGCUACCUAGAAGGGGCCAGCAGUGCCCUCGAAUUUGGAGAAGGCAGUAUGAGGCUGCAGGGUCAGUUCACCUGUGCCUUGAUGCAAGAAAAUAAAAACCACUAAGAAGCUUUU